AUGCCCAUGGGGGACCUUGCCGAAUUUCUCCGAUCCUCUUCGCCCUAUCUGAAGAUGCGCACCCUCAAGAACCCUAAUGAGGAAAUGUUGAACCAUGAGCAGCUGCAUAAUUUCAGUCACCAAAUCUCGGAAGGGAUGGAGUACCUGUCGGGAAAGCACUUUGUGCAUCGAGACCUGGCAUGUCGGAAUUGCGUCGUGGACGAAGGUCUCGUCGUGAAGAUCUCAGACUUCGGUCUCGCCAGAGACAUCUAUACAUGUGAUUACUACAAGGUGGAAGGGAAUCGGUUACUCCCUGUGAGAUGGAUGGCACCCGAGAGCAUCAUGUAUGGGAAAUUCACCCUCAAGUCCGACGUCUGGUCUUUCGGUGUCCUCCUUUGGGAAAUCUUCUCCUACGGCAAACAACCUUACUACGGACACACGAACGAGGAGUUGGACUGGACACGGGCAGUCAACGUGUUAAAGAGCGUCCACGUGAUUUGUCAUUAUUGUGGUGGUGUUGGGAGUGAGGACAUCGCUCUCAUCCUCCUCAGUGCAUGCUAA